AUAAUGCGGAGGCGGAUCUAAUAGCUAAAUUGUCUUGCUUGGUUUCAUGUUAGAUUUGCUAUCUAGCCUGGUCUGCUCUCCCCUCAGUGUUGCAGGUGCUCUGUCUCAGCGAGAGAGGAUGCGAAAGGAGUGCUGGGGAGGGAUAGAGAGAAGGAAAGCGCCGGUGAAAAAGUCAGCAGUAUGGUGCAGGGCAUGAUUAAAAUGAUAUCAACAGCAGCAGAUAGCGCGUUUAUUGACCUGGGGGCUCCGCAAUGAAAGGUUUAUUGCAAGGGACACUUUGAGAUAUGAUGAGGUUUCUUUCUGGUUGGUAAUAGUACUAUGAUUUGGUAUGUGGCCACUUUGAUAGCAAGUGUAUUCAGCACCCGAGGAACGGCAGCUCAAGGUGCCCACGGCGUGCGAGAGGAGCCCCAGUUUGUGACAACGCGCGCUGGAGAGAACGUCAUCCUGGGAUGCGACGUGGCCCACCCCCUGAACGGCCAGCCCUAUGUGGUGGAAUGGUUCAAGUUCGGAGUGCCCAUCCCCUUCUUCAUCAACUUCCGCUUCCACCCGCCUCAUGUGGACCCGGAGUACGCCGGCCGAGCCAGUCUGCACGGCAAAUCUUCUCUGCGGAUUGAGAAUGUGCGCUCAGACGACCAGGGCUGGUAUGAGUGUAAGGUCCUGAUGUUGGAGCAGCAGUACAACACCUUUCACAACGGCAGCUGGGUGCACCUCACAGUAAAUGCUCCCCCCAAUUUCACGGACACGCCGCCACUGUACGUUGAGGCCAAGGAAGGCGGCAGCAUCACCCUGAGCUGCGUUGCUUCCGGCAAUCCCAAGCCCUCCAUCAACUGGCUCCGGGAGGGCGAGCCCGUGGAGGACAGCAUCAAGUACAAGGUGUCUGAUGGGAGUCUGACGGUGCUGUUGGUCAGGCGCGAGGACAGAGGGGCGUACACCUGCCGAGCCUACAGCAUCCAGGGGGAGGUUGUCCACACCACACGCCUGCUUGUCCAAGGGCCACCGUUCAUCGUGUCCCCUCCCCAGAACCUGACGGUGAACAUAUCCCAGGCCGCCAAGCUGGACUGCCUGGCCGAGGCCUACCCUGGCAACCUCACCUACACCUGGUUCUGGGAGGACGACAACGUCUUUUUCAAGAAUGGCCUGAGGGACAGGGUCAGUAUUCUGGUGGACGGCUCGCUCAUCAUUGGCAGUGUGAAGCCAGAGGAUGCUGGGAGAUUCACCUGCAGCCCCAGCAACAGCCUGGGCCGGCCCCCAUCCGCCUCGGCCCAGCUCACAGUGCACUACCCUGCCCGUGUCAAAGACAUGCCACCUGCCAUCUACGUGGCCAUCGGCCUGCCAGGCUUCAUCCGCUGCCCGGUGGACGCCAACCCACCCGCCACGCUGGUCAAGUGGACCAAAGAUGGCAACCCUCUCCGGAUAGAGAAGUACCCUGGUUGGAGCCAAAUGGAGGACGGGAGCAUCCGCGUGACUGAAGUGACGGAUGACUCUCUGGGCACCUACACCUGCAUGCCUUACAACGCCCUGGGCUCUGAGGGUUGGUCCGAUCCCACUCCCCUGGUGCUAAAGGAUCCCCCCAAGUUCUCGAUUGUUCCCGGAGGGGAGUACAGGCAGGAGGCUGGGAGAGAACUGGUCAUCCCCUGUGCGGCUGAGGGAGAAUUUCCCUAUCCAAACAUCACAUGGAGGAAGGUAUGGAAGCCCAGCAAAAGCAAGCACAAUGUCCUCCCCUCAGGCAGCUUACAGUUCAAGUCCCUAAGCAAGGAGGACCACGGGGAGUGGGAGUGUGUGGCCACCAACGUCGCCACGAGCAUCACUGCCAGCACACACCUCCUAGUUAUUGGCACAAGCCCCCACGCCCCGGCCGACAUCCAUGCGGCGGUCUCCACCACCUGGGCCAACGUGUCAUGGGAGGCUGGCUACGACGGCGGCUUUGAGCAGACAUUAUCAGUCUGGUAUGGCCAUGUGGUGAAGAGGGAGCAGCUGGGCCCACAUGAUUGGCUGUCUAUAGCCGUGCCUUCUGGCCAGACAUGGCUGGUAGUGCCCGACCUGGAGCCCCAGACGGCCUACCAGUUCAGUGUCCUUGCGCAUAACAAGCUGGGUACGGGCCCCUUCAGCGAGGUCGUUACUGUGAACACACUAGUUUUUCCUAUAAGUACCCCUGAACCACUGGUGCUGCUUACCCCACCACGAUGCCUCAUAGCCAAUCGGACGCAGCAGGGCGUCUUGCUCAUGUGGAUCCCGCCAGCCAACCACACGGCUCCGAUCGAGCGCUACGUCAUGGAGUUCCGCCUAGGGGAGAGGUGGGAUGUCCUGGAUGAUGCCAUCCCCGCUGGAGAGACAGAGCUGCUAGCCAGAGAUCUCAUUCAGGAGGCGUGGUAUGAGUUUCGGGUCAUAGCAGUCAUGGAGGAACUGGUCAGCGAGCCCAGUAACACAGUAGGAGUGUCCAGUACAGACUUCUUCCCACCCCCGGAAAUGGUGGAUGAGGGGGGGCUGGCGCGGCCGGUGGUGGCUGGCAUCGUGGCUACCAUCUGUUUCCUGGCAGCUGCUGUCCUCUUUAGCACACUGGCAGCCUGCUUCGUCAACAAGCAGCGCCGACGAAAGCUCAAGAGGAGGAGAGACCCCCCUCUCUCGAUAACACACUGCAGAAAAAGUGUGGAAACUCCCUGUCUUUUUUCAUUUGGAUCCUGGGGCCUCCCUCAUGCUUCUUCACACCAUCCUGGCCACUGGCUUUACUACCCAUGCUUCUGUGCAGUGGCGUGUCCAGAACAUUUUGAAUGGGGCGGCCAAGGUCGGGCACCGACACAGUUUAGGACUCCUCUUAGCCCAUUGCCCGGCAUAGAGCCCUACUGUGAGGGGCCAGACGCCAGCAGCUACCGGUCCCCGCCCUCCAGCCCUCAGUUCUCCUCUGGUAAGGUGAGUCCGGAGAGCAUGCGUUCCAUGGGACAACCAUCAGAGUGUUCUGAGGACGGGCAUGGCAUGAGCAUGAAGAAGAUCCCCCCGAGUCCUGCGAAGAAGGAAGAACUCUCCCUGUACAAGAAAACCAAGCGAGCAAUAACGAGCAAAAAGUACAGCGUCUCCAAGUAUGAAAUGGAGGCAACCACGCCCAUCGAGCUGAUCAGCCGAGGCCCUGACGGACGCUUCGUCAUGGACCCCAGCGACAUGGAGAUGAUUUCCGUCAAUCCCCGGCGAAUUGAGGGCUUUCCCUUCGUCGAAGAGUCAGACCGCUAUCCCGAAUUCCGCCAGUCGGAUGAGGAGAACGAUGAUCCCGGGCCCAUACCCCCCGUCAUGGCAACCCUUCGACCUCACCAAAUCUCCCCCAUCUCCAGCCAGGAGUCUUACCUGCAGCCACCAGCCUACAGCCCCCACUUUCAGAGGCCCAUGGAAGGUAUGACCAUCAUGGAGAGCAGUCGGCUCGAGGCCACGGGGCAGAUCCAAGACUCCCUGCACCACAGAGCCUUCCCCCACAGCCACGGUCACUUCUACGGGUACCUUGGCAGCCCUGGGGAACCCGACCCUCCACCCCCUUUCUACAUGGUAGACACCAGCCCUCUGAGCUCUGUCAUGUCGUCACCACCUUACCAUCCCGAAGGGCCCUUUGGUCACCACCGCAUCCCUGAGGAGAUGGGGGAAGGAGAUAUUCAUCACUAUGCCGUCUCAAGCUUCCCCCUUCCCCUGACGCUUACCUCUUCCUCUCGCUCCCCGGAGAUCUGGCACAGACCCGAUUUCCCCUUUGCAAGUCUGGAAAGGCCCCACUUCAUUUUCCCACCCCACCACCCUUUGCAUCUCCACCGGGAACCUUUCUUUCCUCCUCCCCAUGUUCUUCCCCUUGGUGCUCUCCAGCCAUCCUCUCUCCAGGUGCCCUCCUACCCCGGUGUUCUGCAGCUGGAGGCCCCAAAGAGCUGUCCAGGCAAGUCUCCCAGCAAGGUCAAGCCUCAGGGCCUUCCAGUAAAGCGUUUAGCUAUGCAAGAGGCACAGAGUCUAGGGAAGUUAAGACACAAAAGCCACGGUAUGGGUGUGCCAGUUUUGCCUUACCCCGACCCAACAGUCCUCAUGGGCAGCCCUAGCACAUUCAGUAGCCUGGACACCCGGUGGUUCGAGCCCACCCCCCGGCUCAGCCCCAGGCAGGCUCGUAGGAUGGAGCCUAGCAUGAUGGUCCUCCAACCUUCCCGCCUCUCGCCCCUCACCCAGAGUCCACUUAGUUCCCACGAGGGCUCCCCAGAGAUUCUAGUGCGACCGCGUCCCCGUCCCAGCUUCGUCCAGCCCUCCAUACCUCCAGAGAUGUCCGAGAUCACCCUGCUUCCACCCUCUUCAGCCAGCUUCUCCCGGAGGUCGUCUCCCUCUUCCUCUCCCGCCCAUGGUCAGGUUAGCAAGAGGGCAAGUCCCAGCUUCCGCUCCCACAUGGCCUUUGCCACCUCCGCCACAAGCUACCCGUCCCAGUCCCAGUCACCCCCCAUGGAAAGCAGCAACAUGUUUGGGCAGAUCCCAAGUGAUCCCAUUGGGCAGAUACCAUCCCAGAGGAGAACUGAGGAGGAGGUCCUUCCGUCCGAGCCCUCUCCACCCCAGUUGUCAGCUUCAGGAAAUCGUCGAGGUGAGCCGGGUGCCCCUGCGGGGUCUGAGAGGUUUGAUGCAUUGAGAUACCAACGUAUUAAAAAGGCCAAGAAGAUGAUGGUGGUCAACAACAACAACUCCAAGUCCAGAAGAAAAACAGGUGUCUCCACCUUUCAGACCCAGCAGGACUACACCUCUCAGGUACUCCAGCCCGAAGAAGCUCUCUACCUCCGCAAGAAGAAGAAACGGCCAGUCAGACAGGACCCGUAUGCCCGCUUCUCCGCUCUGCUGUACCGCCGCCCGCCCCGGGAGGACCGGAAGGCCAUUUUGGCCAGCAUGGACAACAUGGACCCAGACCAUGCCACUCUCCUCUGACACUGUGGGGGAGUCAGGUUACACUCUUACCCCAAAAUGCCACAAAACCCCACCUGGAAAAUGACCUCUCAGUCUAAAGCGUUGCUCAUUCGCCAGCAUCAAUCAAUGGUUUUAAGUUCCUUUUUUAAAAGAAGUUGAAAGUAAAACAGUGGCUAUCCAAUGUUUCCAAAGUUUUACUCCAGUGCAAAAUAUUUAAUUUGAGGGAAGUAAUACUGUGUGCUACAACAUAGAUUACUUUGAAACAAUUGUUCUAACCAUUUGGGAAAGGACCCGUCUGAGGUUUUCAUUUUCUAUCUCAUCUUUAUACUUCAGUACAGGCGUAGCCCAUUGUAAAAACGGCACAUGAAGCCUAGUUAGGUCUCAGUUUACAGCACACGAGUAUGCUCACCUGCCUCACUCUGCUAGCCCUCUAUCACCUCCCAGAGACUCUCCCAUCCACACAGGGUUCUCACUCACAUCCUACAAAAUAUACCUCAUAGCACAGGACAUGGCACCACAACGAGGCUCAGCUAGCUGAACACAACUGUAUUGGCGUGUAUGUUUUUUAUGAUCUUAUAUCUUAUUUAAGCAGGGUUUUGUUGAAAUUUGACACAAUUUUAAUAACUCCAAAUGUGAAAAUCCAAUUGGUAACAAUAUAUACCAACAUUUGAUUAGGUCGAUGUAGGUCUACUAUAAGUCGUAGAAUGAUAUCAUGCAGAUCAAAAAUCUAUCCCUGAGCUCUGGUCUUUUGACACACCAUAACUGAAGUGUUCAUAAUGGCUAUUAGGGAAAUGGAACAUGUUAUGCUUUACAUAUUUGAUAUGUUGUGGACAUACAGUAUACAUCAUCAAGUAUUCUCUUGGAAUCAUUUAGAAGGUGAUUGUACAAUUGAGUUAUUCUGUAUAAACAUUCAUUCAAUUUUAUUGUCCCUUAAACCGAUAAAGGAAUGGUGAGUAUUUCCCCUUAUGGGGAAGAUCUGUCAUAAAGUAAGCACAAAAGCUCAUAGAUCUAUUUUGAAUAGGGCGAGGAGAAGGGAUUAAAUUGGGAUUAUGCUCCAUUUGAACAGAACAGGUACUACACUCUAGGCUACUGUACAUCUCUCAAGGCAUACAACCUCACACACUCUACACAACACAGUUACUAUUCAGGUUGGACUUUGGGGGUGUCAUCGUCUGGGAAAGGAGUUUGCACUGGAGCAAAAUUUUGUCUUUUGCCAUUUUGCUAAAUAAUGUUUGUUUUUGUCUUUAUUUGAUGCCAUCUUCACUUGUACUAUUACACUUACUGUAGCGUUGUGAAUAGUUCCGAGGGCUCCAUAUCCUAUUUAAAAAGUACUAUAGUAAUGCCAAAAAUACUACAACUUCCUUAAUCAAUAAAAACAUCACGUGUACUGUAAUGAGAGGAGGAUAGGAUUUUGUGCCAUAGUAUACUAUAGUAUUUUUUCAUUCAUAUGGGCCUGAUUCGAUGAACAAGAGGCUUAUGAUGGCCUUUAUAUGGCUUCUUCUGGUUGCCCCCUUUAGUUUUGUUUCUUUUUUGGGGGUCUUUUUUUGUCAUUUUGUUCUCAAUUGUUUAUGAAAGUAACUGCCUUUGAUGGCCAUUUGCUUUAUUUGUAGCCUUGGCAUCUUUUUCUCUUCAUGUACUUGGAAUUCCACAUGGCUGUGAUGAGGAGAAUGUCUCGACACUUGUCUAUUCUCCUUCGGAAAGGUCAAUGGAGGAGCUUCUUGUGGAAUAACGGCUACGCAGAGCUGUAAAGUUUUAUUUUUUUUAAAUUUGUUUUUCUGUCAUUGAAGGGUGCUUUUUUAUAAAUUGGCAUGUAUUAUCAUGUCGAUAUAGACAUAUCUGGGCUCGUCAAGGCUGAACUGUGUGUGUCAUGGCAAUGGGGGGUGAUCUGGUGAUAGUCAGAAAAGGAGAGGGGUGUUUGGAAUGGUUUCACCCAUACAUGUAGGAACACAGGUGCUGCUGUGCACUUGAGACCAAUUGCUCAUAUGUUUUGGUUCAACUGUUUGGUUCACUGCUGGUUUGACAUUUCCCUGAAUUAUGUAAAGUAGGCACUUUGAUUUGGGUAUAUUAACACAUUUCCCUCAUUGGGUAUCUUAUUGAUACUGUACAAUAAAGGCACUUAACGGUAAACCCCCCCCCCCCCCCAAAAAAUGAUGUUUUGGUAUCUGUUUCAUUACUUCAUUGUUGACAUAGUCAACAUUUUGGGACUUUGUCAACAAUGUACUAAUGAAACAAAUAUCAAAAUAUAGUUUUUGUGUGGAGUUUUCCUUUAAGAGUUGCAACUUCAGGUGCUAACAAACUCACCAAAUCUGAAAGUAGUAUUUCUACUUGCAGAGAGAUUAAUAAUUUCAGAGGAAUGACAGCUACCACAAAUAUGAAAUGAUACUGUAAUUGAUCAUACUUGAUGUUUUAAGGUUGGUGCAAUACAAUUUCAACAUCCAUAUUGGUGCUUCUUAAGCUGGAUGUGUACAUUGAGUCCUAGAGAGUCUGAGUCAUGGAUGCUAAUGCUCAUGUUAUGUUUAAUUUUUGGUGUGUAGAACUUAUAUACUUUGCCUGCAUAUGUAUUUUACAUCAUAAACAGAUGGCAUAUUGUGGAUGCCUAGUCAUGUACCUUAAAGAGUUGAAAGAAAGACGAACAAAAUUGCUAAAGAAGAAACUCUCAAAGUUAUUCUACUAUGGUUUUAUGGAGCCAGGUUACAGUGUGUUCUGUUGGACUUCAAGUGAGAAACCUCAACUGAGGAACAAGUUAGAACUUGAGUCAAGUGGCCACAAUUUCUUGACUUUUGUUUGACAGUACAGGACUUUUUGGAUGGUUUAUUAUCAAUUUGUGGCUAAACUGAGCCCAAGUGUUACAUUUGGCGUAGUCGGCAGGAUCAGGAUAUUCUAUUUAUCAGUAAAUCCCCCACGUUGCACUUGUAUACACAUGACAUUGAGUACGGUUACAUGCACACAAUAAUAUGAUUAUUGUGGAUAGUCAGAUUAAUAUAAUAGUUUGAUUAAAAAAAUUACAUAUUUUCAAGAAGAACGAUUUCCCUAAUAAUCCUUUUUACAUGGACACAUCUGAAAUCAGGCUGCCUGAUGGCACUCUGAUAAAUGCAGAAAAUCGGCAAUCAAAAUAAACGUUCUACCACAGCGACCAUGUUAUUUUUGGGAAGCAUAUUUGAUUCUGAGUUAGGACAUAUAAAGUUUCUAUGUGAGAACUACUUCUAAGACGCAUACAUACAUUUAUUCCGAACUCACACGGAUGGUGCUAACGCAUGCGCAGAUCAAAUACACUGCUGGAACGUCGAUUAAGGUGUUAACAUGUCCUAAUAAUUUGAAAGAUAUCCCAGAAAACCAUUGUUUUAAUCGACGUAUGCUUACUGCGAUUUUGACCUUAUGCCGAUUAAGAUAAACAGAAUAAGGUGUUUACAUGACUAUGGCAUAAUCUGCCUACUGCCAUAAUCAGUUUAAUAUCGAACUAUUACUGUGCAUGUUAACAUUAUCACAGUAUAGGCUGAUACUUUAAAUAAUUAGCAUACUAUUCCCUUCCUAGACUGAUGAUUUUGAAAUAUUCCUUCAUUUGUGCUGAUCCAACAGGAUUUAUCGAUACUGUAAGCUUCAAUUAAAACAUUUUACACGUUAAAUCAAAAUCAAGGUGCUUUGUUAUGGCAAUAACAUUCAGAAAUAUGUUAUGGUUUCUCAAAUUUUUACAAACAAAUAUGUAUCUGCUGAUUAUUUAGGAAUGCAAGUUGUUGGCAUUUAUUUUCAAACUCUCCCUCGGAAAAAUUAUAUAAAUAUGACGAUCCAAAAUGCAAGGAACAUAUUCUAUUAUAGAAAAUAUAUUAAAUAUAUAAAAAUAUAUUCUCAUUCAAUUGUAGCAUAUAUUGCACAAUGUAUUAUGAAAAAGUAUAUAUUUUAAAUAAAUUGGACAAUAUAUGCAUGCGUAUAUAUAUUUUCUGAUAUUUUGGAUUUCAUAUAUGAAAAUUAUAUUUAUGUAGAGUACUUUUUCCACAAGGGUGACUACUUGCACAAAAUAAAUUGGUAGGGGCUCAGGUAAGGAACAAUACUGCCUUAGGGCAUUAAUAUCAUUGUCAAGGUAAUUCAAAGAGUAUCAAAUCUCAACUAUUAUCCUGGGCCUGGUUUACCAAAAGCAUCUUAAGGCUAAGUUUAUCUUUGAAAACCUGAGGCUCUUUCAGAUACCCAUUUUACUUUUUAACUAAACAUAAGUUAUAGGAACUUCUUCAAGUAAUAUAUUAUUGACACUUAGCUUUGUUUGUUUAUGAGAGAAACCAGUUAUGAUUUAUAAUGGCACAAUUCUUUCACUGAAUUGAACCAUCAUCUCAGUCAAAAACCUUGUCAGCAAAAAGAAACCUAUUGAAUGAUCAUGGUCAUUUUAGACACAUACCAACAUUGAAACACGAACUGAAGUAACUAAAGUAAUAUAUUGUUACAUUAUUUACACAGUACAUACAGUUGAAGUCGGAAGUUUACAUACACUUAGGUUUUUCAACCACUCCACAAAUUUCUUGUGAACAAACUAUAGUUUUGGCAAGUCGGUCAUGGACAUCUACUUUGUGCAUGACACAAGUCAUUUUUCCAACAAUUGUUUACAGACAGAUCAUUUCACUAACAAUUCACUGUAUCACAAUUCCAGUGGGUCAGAACUUUACAUACACUAAGUUGACUGUGCCUUUAAACAGCUUGGAAAAUACCAGAAAAUUAUGUCAUGGCUUUAGAAGCUUCUGAUAGGCUAAUUGACAUCAUUUGUGUCAAUUGGAGGUGUCCCUGUGGAUGUAUUUCAAGGCCUACUUUCAAACUCAGUGUGUUUUUGCUUGACAUCAUGGGGAAAUCAAAAGAAAUCAGCCAAGACCUCAGAAAAACAAUUGUAGACACCAUGGGACCACAAAGCUGUCAUACCGUUCAGGGAGGAUGAGCGUUCUGUCUCCUAGAGAUGAAGGUACUUUGGUGCGAAAAGUGCAAACCAAUCCCAGAACAACACCAAAGGACCUUGUGAAGAUGCUGUAGGAAACAAGUACAAAAGUAUCUAUAUCCACAGUAAAAUAAGUCCUAUAUCGGCAUAACCUGAAAGGCCGCUCAGCAAAGAAGAAGCCACUGCUCCAAAACCACCAUAUUAAAGCCAGACUAUGGUUUUCAACUGCACAUGGGGACAAAGAUCGUACUUUUUGGAGAAAUGUCCUCUGGUCUGAGGAAACAAAAAUAGAACUGUUUGGCCAUAAUGACCAUCGUUAUGUUUGGAUGAAAAAGGUGGAGGCUUGCAAACCGAAGAACACAAUCCCAACCGUGAAGCACGGGGGUGGCUUGCUGUUGUUCUGGGAUUGAUUCACAAAAUAGAUGGCAUCAUGAGGGAGGAAAAUGAUGUGGAUAUAUUGAAGCAACAACUCAAGACAUCAGUCAGUAAGUUAAAGCUUGGUCGCAAAUGGGUCUUCCAAAUGGACAAUGACCCCAAGCAUACUUCCAAAGUUGUGGCAAAAUGGCUUAAGGACAACAAAGUCAAGGUAUUGGAGUGGCCAUCACAAAGCCCUGAGCUCAAUCCUAUAGAAAAAGUGUGUGCGAGCAAGGAGGCCUACAAACCUGACUCGGUUACACCAGCUCUGUGGGCCAAAAUUCACCCAACUUAUUGUGGAAGACUACCCAAAAUGUUUGACACAAGUUAAACAAUUUAAAGGCAAUGCUACCAAAUACUAAGUGAGUGUAUGUAAACUUCUGACCCACUGGGAAUGUGAUGAAAUAAAUAAAAGCUGAAAUAAAUAAUUCUCUCUACUAUUAUUCUGACAUUUCACAUUCUUAAAAUAAAGAGGUGAUCCUAACCAACCUAAGACUCCGAAUUUUUACUUGGAUUAAAUGUCAGGAAUUGUGAAAAACUGAGUUUAAAUGGUGUAUGUAAACUUCCGACUUCAACUGUAUUUAUAUUUACACAUUUACAUUUACGAUAUAUUGUGGCCCUUAAAGUAUCAGCAGAAUAAUGCAGAAAUCUGAAUAAUGCAAACUGGCCUUUUGCCUUCUCCACUCAGACGGACCCUUUGUAGAUAUUUGUAGAAUAUCCCCAAGGCUGGCAAGGGCUCUGUGCGUCAUAUUCUGUUGUUUCUGUACAUGUCUGUUAUGUAAGCUGAAUGUAGAGAGGAUGAUAAACACCUCUCCAAAGUUGAGCACAUUACGCACAUAAAGUAGCACAUAACUAAAUAAGUAUGUAGAAUAACAGUAGUGCUCUUGCUUUCAGCAACCACAUUAAUAAUCACCAACAUUCAAAAAGUUUAUAUAUUGACCAUAAAUCUCUAGAUAGAGGGAAUAAGCCCUUUGCUAUUUUUCAGAAGGUACAGUUAUUUAAAAAUGAAUGGCUUUCCCAAGGCCUAAAACAUGAGACAUCUGAAAAAUGUCCUUUUUGAGAUGUGCAUACAGGCAGAUUUUUAAAAAGAGUUUAACAUGAAGGAAAUGCUGUAAAGCAUGAGGGAAGGGGAGCAGUAGAAUGUCCCUCUUCAAAAUAUAUAUAUAUAUUGACCAUUUAAUGUGCAAUGGAUAUGGAUAAAAUGUACAUAGUGUAUAGCAGAGAGAUCAUUGCAUGUUAAAGUUUCUGAAUGUUGCUGUGAAAAGAGGGAAUGCAUUUACAAUACUUAAUAUAUAUGAGAAGAGAGGAUAAGUAAAAAACAGGAACACUAAUUUAGAGGUCAUUAUAAUCAUCAAUAUUUUGGGGAAUAUUAUACAUAUCUUGCCAGUAUACUGAGUCAGUGGAGUGUUGAUAUUGAGUGCAGAGUGGUGUCACAUGAGAAGGAUUUAGAAAUCACAAAACCGACUAACCUGAACCUUUGAAUAAAACAAUAGCGUUUUGCCAACAUUAAGAUGCAAUCAAAGCACACACAUUGAUCCACCUCUCCCACAGUUGAGAUUUGAAGCAGAGAGUACUAUUGUAUAUCACAAUGGGCAGAGGUUGAAAAUCUGUGGCUCUGGAGAGAAUUGGAAUGAUUUAAAUGGCAUCGCCUGGAUAGAAUCACUUCCCAUUCAAGGGCUUGUGGACCAACGACUGGUUAACUUUGGCGAAAAUAUGAUGCUAGCCUAAUAUAUUUGCUGUAAUUUUGAGUUCAGCGAAUAAGACAAAAAACUUUGCUGCCUAAUCAUGCCACGGACUAAUCAAUGUACCAUUUAUAAUGCUGAAAUGCGUUCUUUAAGUUCAAGUCAAGUCUAAAUGUUUUAAUAAUAAUAAUAUGUAUAGAUAUAUUUUUUUGACAUUUCAUGACUCUGAAUAUUAGUAUGACAUGUAAUAAGCAAGCUUUUGUGUGUUAAUACACUCUGAUUUGACUGUAUCAUAAAAUCUGCCAUUUAGCAAACACUUUUAUCCAAAGCGACUUACAGUCAUGUGUGCAUUAUUUUACGUAUUGGUGGUCCCAGGAAUUGAACACACUAUCCUGGCAUUUGCAAGCACCAUGCUCUACCAACUGAGCUACAAACGACCAUAGCUAAACUGAUUAUACAGUUCACCUACUCAAUCAUGUGUAACUGGGAUUUCCCUUUAUGUUUUUACAAAUAUUUGGGGCAUUUGUGUAAAUGACUUCAGGAGAUAUACAAGCAGUUACAUGAUGUAGUGGCCCACAUCUAAACUGUACAGCGGUACAUUUUACAGUUAACAAUGACAUGAUACUGUCUGUCAAGUAUAGCAAUAGCUAUUUUUCUGGUGUAUCUGAACCAUACUCAGAGGUCAUCUAAUAGCGGUCAUAUUGUUUGCAACCUAGGGGUCGGAAAAGUAACACCUUGUAAGAGGAACUGUCAUCAUAGUUGUCUGCUCUAUGGAAGAGGAGGUGUUUGGUUCUUAUUUCUUAUUUGGUUUGAACUAAGAUAUGAGCGCAGUUGUGGUUUGCUUUCCCCAAGGAGUAAUGCUACUACUUCAUAGCAGAGCAUAGAGCAUUGCAGAGCAUUGUAAAGCCCCUAUGUAUUUUGGUCUUUGAUGGUUGUUCUAUGCCUAAUUCAUUAAAUUAGUCUGUAGAGUAAGAACCUCUGGUGCUAAAACACAAGUUUUCAAGGACAGUGUUUUAUAUGAGUAAUUCUUUUCAGAUUUUUAUUUCCGCUGGUAGAUCACACAUGAUAUGUUGUUAUUUUGAAUAUAACACUGGUAAUCUCCCAUACGCCAAUCUGAGUUCCACACAAAAUGAUGUAAAAACCAAAACAUAGCUGUAUAACAAAAUACCAAAGCAUGUAUUUCAUACUGUACAUCUUGCUUGGCCUCAAGUCGAGGCCAAGCAUGAUGUACAGUAUGAAAUACAUUCAACCUUGUAGGUUUACUAGUUACUAGGGGUGGCAGGUAGUCUGGUGGUUAGAGCAUUGAGACAAUAACUGCAAGGUUGCUAGAUCAAAUCCCUGAGCUGACCGGAUAAAAAUCUGUUUUUCUGCCCCUGAACAAGGCAGUUAACCCACUGUUCCUAGUCUGUCAUUGUAAAUAAGAAUUUGUUCUUAACUGACUUGCCUAGUCAAAUAAAGAAAAAUGUGAUAAGACUUAAAAGACUACAGCAAACGCAGUGUAAAUAAUGUUUAAAAAAAGCAUACCUUGUCAUAUAUAUUUUUUUGUACAUGAGAAUAUGAUACACACAGUGUAUAUUGCAGAGUGAGUGGGAACUGAGUAGUGUACAGUCUGUUUCAGUGGUACAUUGUGACAAGUAGCAGACCACUAGAUUUCUAUGUGAGUGACUGAAUUUAUUCUAAAUACUACAAAUUAGUUUUAAUGAUUCAGUAUUAUAAAUCAAACAGAUAUAGAAUACAUUUGGUGUCAAUGGUUUUCAUGGUGUAUUAUUUAAUGUUAUUUUUAUUUUUAUAUCCACUUGUUGCUUUUUUAGAUAAACAGAAUCAUACAAAUAGAGAAUAUUUAUAUUCCACUGACACAGAAAUGCCUUUGAGGCAAACCAUUUCAGUUCUGUACAAAACAAAAUAAAUAACAAAAAAAGGG